ACCUCGCCCCUCGUCACUCCAUCCGUUUCUCCAACACCCGAUCCCUCGAAUCCUGGCAGCCGCAGCCGCAUCCCAAACUCCUUUCCUCAAAACCCUAGCGGCUUCACCAUGUCCUCCUCCUCCGCCGCCGCCUCCGCCGCCACACCGGAGCAACCAGCCGCCGUGUGGGCUCGGAUCCGUCUCGCCGACAGCUGGGACGUGCCCCACAUCCACCGCCUCAUCCGCCAGAUGGCAGAGUUCGAGAAGCUGACCCACCUCUUCUCCGCCACCGAGUCCUCCCUGUCCUCCACCCUCUUCCCCUCUCCUCCACCUCCGCCCUUCCACUCCUUCACCGUCCUCAUUCUCGAGCUCUCCACGAAUCCCUUCUCCCAAGGCGACGAAGAGCCCAAAGACGCGGCGAACCCCUCUCUCUUCCGCCCGAUCGUCCGGCGGGUGGAGCUGAAGUCCCCAGUGGAGGACCCGGAGGCAGCGGAGUUCGCGUCGCCGCGCGGCGGAGGGGCGGUGGUGGUGGGGUUCGUGCUGUGCUUCCCUAACUACUCGACGUUCCUGGCGAAGCCGGGGCUGUACGUGGAGGAUAUAUUUGUGAGGGCGGCGUGGCGGCGGAGGGGGUUUGGGCGGAUUCUGCUGUCGGCGGUGGCGGCGCAGGCGGCGAAGAUGGGGAUGGGGCGGGUGGAGUGGUGCGUGCUCGAUUGGAACGCGAAUGCGAUUAGCUUCUACGAGGAGAUGGGGGCGGAGGUGCUGCCGCAGUGGCGGAUCUGCCGGCUUACUGGAGAGGCCCUUCAGGGUUAUGGGGUGGAGGACGGUGACCGGAGUUAGAAGUUCUUCUGGAGAUGAAAGGAAAUGAGACUUCCACGGUUAGGAAAUUCGGAACUUGGUAUUGAUGGCAGUAAAGCAAUAUCCCUAGUGUAGGCAAUAAAGUGAUAUCCGUGGCGUAGGAAAGGCUUUGGUAGGUGGGAACUCGAUAACGCUGAGCAUGUGCACAGUUGACUCGGAAGCUCGUGGCUGGUAUGUGGAGCCCACACUUGAGAAUAAAUCGGCAGUCAAGAUUGUAUACCCACCGAAUGGACGAGGGCUCGUUACCUUAUGGUCCGCGGAGCUCUCUCUUCAUGGUGAUAUAUAGAAAAAAACACUAGAGCUUUAUAUCUAUUUUUAUCCUUCAUUUAAAAAAACUAUUAAGAAAAAUUAAAUAUUAAGAUUAGCUUGGGUUAGUUAUAAUGAAUUAUUUUGCUAAUUAAGAGCAUACGAUAAAAUAAAAAUAUAUAUAUGAAAAAUUGACAUUUUAUAGCAA